AUGGCCUGCUACCUCGCCAUCCCGUCGCAUACAGCGCCUCUCCGCAACUGGUCGACGACCGUCCACCGCAAACCACUCUUUUCCCCUUCCACCAUGACGGGCGCCACGCAGAAAAGAGGCCACGCCGGUCAUCACCACCAUAACCACGACAACACCUUCCUCUUGUCCAAGAACAAGAAUGACGCCGGCGUGCGCAUUACCAAGAUUGGCCUCUACGUCAACCUGGGCAUGGCUGUCAGCAAGGGCUUCGGAGGCUACGUCUUCAAUAGUCAGGCACUCAUUGCCGACGCCAUCCACAGCCUCACCGACCUCGUGAGCGACAUCAUGACGCUGGCAACAGUCGGCUGGUCCCUCAAGCCCCCUACGGACCGCUUUCCCAGCGGGUAUGGAAAGGUGGAGAGUCUGGGCUCGCUCGGUGUCAGUGGCAUAUUGCUCGCAGGCGGUUUCUUCAUGGGCUGGACCGCGCUGCUGGCCCUCUGCAAGCAAUUCUUCCCCGAAGCCGCUGAGGUAGCGGAGCAAUGGGGGCUUAUACCACACCACCACCACCACCACGGCAUCGACGACCUGGGCCCCAACAUCAAUGCUAUAUGGCUUGCUGCUGGCUCAAUUGUCAUCAAGGAAUGGCUCUACAGAGCGACCCUCAAGAUCGCCAAAGAGCGCAAAUCGACGGUCCUCGCCUCCAACGCCUACCACCACCGCGUCGACUCCCUUACUGCCUUCGUCGCUCUCCUCCUCAUCGCCGGCUCCAACGUCCUCAACAAUGCAAAGUGGCUAGACCCUAUCGGUGGGCUUGUCAUCUCGCUCAUGGUUGUCCAAGCUGGUUGGGGAAACACCAAGCAAGCGCUACUCGAACUGGCAGACGUCGGCGUGGACCAAGAGAUGAAGGACAACGUGCGGAAAGCAGCGACUGACGCUGUCAAGGAUGUCACUACCGCAUCAGAGCCAGUCAAUGUGCGAGCGAUUCAGGGUGUCAAAGCUGGCCAGAACUACCUCAUGGAUAUCGAGAUUGGCGUUUCUGGCACUUGGACUGUUGACCAGACACGCGACGUCGAGAACGCAAUCCGGGACCGCGUCGGUGUCAAUGUGCGCGGCGUGAAAAAGGUGCGCGUGCGCUUUGUAACCAACUCGGCGCAAGCACCAGACUUUCUCGACGAGUUCAUCCCUGGCGACUCUGCUGCGGCGGCGAGCCAAAAAUCCGAGGCAGAACAUCACCACGACCACGACCACGACCACGAUCACGAAACUACCGAUGGCACCGCAAGGCGAAGGAAAUGA